AACACAAUCCUUCACCAUCCACCCCCACCCCAUCAUUUACCAUGGCACCACCCUCUAAUGUGCCUGCGGAUCGCGCGGAUCCGCUUCCUGAGCAAACGGUGAUAGUCCCAGACCCACAACUCGACCCUAUUGGUACUCGUGAUGACGAUUACGAUUCCGAUGCUUCCUUUGAUGAUACCAAAAAACCAAUCAAGGAAAAGUCAAGAAGACCAGCUGAUAAUGCCUUCAGACAACAAAGAUUAAAAGCUUAUAACCCAGUCUUCACUGCCAAAACAGUGAUCCCAAUUCUCGUGGCAAUCGCCGUGGUUUUCGCUCCGUUGGGUGCCGCCAUGUGGUACGCCCUGCAUCAAGUGCAAGACUUUGCCAUUGAUUAUACUCAAUGUGAACUUGUUGCUAGUAAAGAUUAUUAUCUGGAAAUCCCACAAGAAUAUUUAGAUUUCAAUUUCAAAAGUUCUUCAUCCAAGACGCUUCCAAAGGCUUCUUGGAAACUUGCCACUGACGAAUCACAACCAUUCGAAGAUGAACGAAAUGUUUGUUUGAUUCAAUUUGAAGUACAAAAUGACCUUAAGGCACCUCUUUACUUCUUCUACCGUUUGCACAAGUUCUAUGCCAACCAUAGACGGUUUGCCAAGUCUUUCAGUGAAGAUCAAAUCGAGGGGAAGGCUGCCUCAAUCAACAACAUCAAGGAGACCACGGGACAAAAUUGUGAGCCACUUUCUCUUGAUGAACAUGGGAAAAGAAUAUAUCCAUGUGGGUUGAUUGCCAAUAGUCUUUUCAAUGAUACCUAUAGUGAUACCUUGACUGCAGUGAACGGAACCGCUCAAGAUUAUCAAAUGACUGAAGAGGGCAUUACUUGGGCCUCCGAUAAGAAUCGGUUCAAGAAAACCACUUAUGAUUAUAGAGAUAUUGUCCCACCUCCAAACUGGUACAAGCGGUUCCCCAACGGUUACAAUGCUACCAAUGUUCCUGAUAUCUCCACUUGGUAUCAAUUCCAAAAUUGGAUGAAAACUUCAGGCUUGCCCACUUUUAAUAAGCUUGCCUUACGUAAUGACAAUGAUAAAUUGACUGCUGGAAUUUACGAAGUUCAAGUUGGAUUACAUUUCCCCGUUCUCCCAUACAAGGGGAACAAGUAUAUUUAUAUUUCUCAAAGAUCAGUCAUUGGAGGUAAGAAUGAUUUCCUUGGUAUCAGUUGGAUGGUUGGUGGUGGUCUUUGUAUGGUGUUGGCCAUUGCUCUCUUGGUGAUCAAUUUGAUCAAGCCUAGAAAGACUGGUGAUGCCAACUUGUUGAGUUGGAACAGAGAACAAUUCAAAGAAGAUGAACGUUGAGAAGGAAAAGUGGAUUGUUUAUAAAUUGAAUGUAUAUGAAAUAUAAAGAAACAUUAAAGGUGAACUAAAUAGAACUGAUUGUACUGAAGAUAUGAAUAUGACUGAAGAUGUAUUGAAGAUGAACUGAAGAUGAACUGAAGAUGUACUGAAGAUGUACUGAAGGUACGAGAUUAUAUUCGAGACUCCUUUUGGGAUUUGGAAGGCUUUAGGAUUUCCCGUAUUUCUAAUGAGCCUCUCGUUAAUACUACCCAACUUCUCUAUUACCUUUGUUGAUCUUCUAAUUGGUCCCUCAUUCUCAUCAUAUCUCAAGUAGC